AUGCGGGAUAGCGCACUCGAGCCGCGCCACACGCCAGCACCAACGGUGGCGGGCGGAGAGGCUUUCAACAUCGAGUCGGCAUCGGCGGGCCCGUGGGCGUCGUCUCGCGCGCCCGCGUCGGGCGGCACGGCGGCGGGGAUGAGUGCUGCGCUGGCGGCGAGCGCGAUGGACUCGCAGCUGAAUCACAUGGGCGGCAUGGGCAUGGCGGCCUAUCCAUACCUCCUCUACUCGCGCGGCCUCGCUACUUCUGCAGCGGCGGGCGGCAGCGCGGCGGGCGCAUUGCCGUUCGGGCUGCUGGGGGAGUCGUCCGCCGCGGCGGGUGGCCUCCCCUCCUCGAUUCCCUCCAUCGACGCCUUUCUCGCCGGGAAUCACGCAGCCGCCGCGGCGGCGGCAGCAGCGGGCGUGUCGGCGUCCUCCGACGUGUCGGCGUCUCGCGAUCUGUCAGCAUCCGCGCAUCCCGCGGCUGAUCUCUCCUCCGUCGGAGGGUCCCGCUUCAACUUCGCCGCAUUUCCUCCCGCCUCGGGCGCGGACGGCGCACCGCAGGCAGCGUCCGCGGCGCUGCUCAACUUCUCCGGCCUCUUCGGUCAGUCCGCGCCCGCGCCCGCUGCGAGGGGCGCACCCAGCGGCAGCACUGCGCCCAGCGACGCGCGUCACGGGCAGGGGCACCUGGCGGUGCUGCCGUUGGCUGGCUGCGACGGCUCGGCGCGCAGCGGCAUGGGCAGUGGCAGUGGCGCAAUUGGCGCGAACGACGCGGCGUCCGGGAUGCUGUCGUCAUGGCUGCAGCAACACUCAGGCCUGGCGGCGUUGGAGCUCGCGCCAGCCAGCACCAUGGAGCAGUCCGCCGCACCGCGCUCCGCGCAACAGCCCGACCAGCACCUGCCGCCGUCCCACUCCGCCUUCCCCUUCGCCCGCACUGCCUCCGCGCCCUCCCCCUCACACGCGCUUCUCCCCCCUUCCGCCCCCCCAAGCGCGUCGGUGCCCGGCGGAAUCGACUUUAGCAGCCAGCUCGGCGCCAUCAUGCGCGCCGGCCUCGCCCCCUCCCACGCGCCCCCGCAUUCCGCCUCCGCGCCCCUCUCCUCCCCGUCGCGUGGCGCCUCCAAGCCCCCCGCGGGGGAGUCAGCGGCGGCGGCGCAGCAGAAGCGGGCGGCGGAGGAGCGGGAGAUGCAGCUGCUGCCGCGCUCCAAGCGGAUGGCGCCGCCGGGAGGGGCAGGCGGACCGUUCCGCGACAGCGAGGGCGGGGGAAAGGCGCACAGAACGGGCUUGGGGGGGAUUUCCGCUGUGGCGGGGCCGGGGGCGCUGAAUCUUGGGCGCAUGGCGGCGGGGUUGGGGGAGGACGUGGCGCGGGCAGCGGCGACCGGACGGCUGCUGGCGUCUGAGGAUGGCGUGCUGUGUAAGAUCCGCGCUAAGCGAGGCUGCGCUACCCACCCUCGCAGCAUUGCAGAACGGGUGCGGCGGUCGCGCAUAGCAGACAACAUGAAGCGGCUGGCGGAGCUGGUGCCAAACACGGACAAGCAGGCCAACACGGCGGACAUGCUGGACGAUGCCAUCGACUACAUGCGCCACCUGCAGACCCAGCUGCAGGCGGUGGCAGCGCAGCACCCCGACGUGGCGAUCGAGCGCUUUGUGAGCCGCGGCGCAGCAGCAUGCCACCCCCUCAUGCUCCAAUAUCCCCCUCUCCUCUCCCCUCUCCUCUCCCCUCCCUGGCGUCCCCAGGUGGUGGCAGCACAGCACCCCGACGUGGCAAUCGAGCGCUUUGUGAGCCGCUUUGAGCGCCAGCGAGGCGCCGAGGACGGCGAGGCGCGUGACGACCGCAGCGACGGGGGCGAGGACGGGGGCAGCCGGCGGGACGACGGUGGGGGCGAGAUGGAGAGGGGCGAGUCGGACGGCAGCAGAGGCAGUGGCAGGGAGGGCGGGUACGGCGAGGGGGAGAGGGGGGACGUGAUGGGGGAGAGGGGGGACGUGAUGGGGGAGAUGGAUCAGCUUGCGUUCAGUCUGCAGGCAGACAAGGCGUUGGUGGGCGGUGCCGGCAGCAGUGGUGGCGGCAGCAGACAGGAUGAGCACUCUGGGCUGCAGCAGCAGCAGCAGCAGCUGACCAGCCCACGUGGCUUUCACCUGUGA